AGGCGCCUCUGACGUCGCUACCACAGUUUAAAAAUUAACGUUGUUCCCAACCUUGUUUUCGAACCCCUGUGCGACCCUCCUGCAGCUUUACCAAACGAUACGUUAAUGACAAGCUUGCCCGCAGUUCAGGUCGUCCACGUUGUAUUCCGUAACUCAUGUUCCAUCACGCACCUCUGGAGGACUGCGACCGCGGCGUUUCAAAUGCGGACGCCACUUUGCUCAAUUUUAAAGGGUCAUGGCGUAUAAGAAAGCCUGGUCCGGUGGUUUCUUUCCCCUUAGAGCUCGUCGCCGCGCCAUGACCGCUGUCGAUCGUCGCCUCGGCCGAGUCCUCCUUGCCGCCGCCGUCUUCCUGCUUUCUCUCCGCCUUCUUCUGCCUGCUGGACCACGGCAUCUGAAGACCAGUCAUCCCCAGAUCAAUUUCAGGCCGAGCAGUUUUGACUGGACGUCGGUGGCCCAGAGAUACCCCGUGUCGUCGAUCCGACCUCUACCCACCGGCCGUCCAAAACAGUUUCCCCCAGUCCAACAUGCCUUUCGAGGCUACGUGCACGAUGCAACCACGAAACGCCGACAGGAGGCCGUCCGGGCUGCCUUCGUCCGGAGCUGGGAUAGCUACAAGACGUACGCCUGGCUGCAGGACGAGUUGGCCCCCGUGAGCGGCGGGGGAAAGACUACGUUCGGCGGCUGGGCAGCAACCCUGGUGGACUCGCUCGACACGCUUUGGAUCAUGGGACUCGAAGACGAAUUCUACGUCGCUGCUGCCGCUGCAGCCCAGCUGGACUGGGCCAACACGACUGAAACGGCCGUCAAUGUCUUCGAGACGACAAUCCGCCAUCUCGGUGGCCUGCUGGGUGCUUACGAGCUGAGUGGUGUGCCGGCCUUGCUCAAAAAAGCCACAGAGUUGGGCGACAUGCUCUACAUGGCUUUCGACACUCCGAACCGCAUUCCAGGCUUUUGGCUCAACUUCCAGAACGCGAAGCAAGGACUGCAAACGGCCGGCACGAACGACCCGUCCGCGAGCCCCUGCUCGCUUUCGCUCGAGUUCACGCGGCUCUCGCUCCUGACGGGCGAUGCCAAGUUUUACGACGCCGUUGCCCGGAUUUCCGACUUUCUUGAGCGGACACAGAGCCAGUCCAAGCUCCCUGGCAUGUGGCCGAAACUGAUCAACUUCCAUGACGAGACUGUCGAUGAUGACAAUGGGUUCACUCUGGGCGCUCUGGCAGACUCGCUAUACGAGUAUCUUCCCAAGAUGGCGGCCUUGCUCGGUGGCCGGGUGCCCAGCUACGAGAAGAUGUACCGCGCUGCGAUGCGCGUUGCCAAGGAGCACCUCUUGUUCCGGCCUAUGGUCGCCGAGCACGACGAGGAGGGUAGAAACAUCCUCUUCGCGGGCGAUGCGUAUGUCCAUCCCGACCACAUUGACCAUGUGCCCGAGGGCCAGCACCUCUCGUGCUUUACUGGAGGCAUGUUUGCCCUCGGCGGAAAGUUAUUCAACGUUCCCGACCACGUCGCCAUCGGCGAACGGCUCGCCCGCGGCUGUGCGUGGGCAUACGACGCGUUCCCGACGGGCCUGAUGCCCGAGAUCUUCAACAUCGUCCCGUGUUCUUCCAUCGACGGUCCAUGUCCCUGGGACGAGGAGCGGUGGCAGAAGGAAGGCGACCAGAAGCUCAAGAAGGGUUUCAAAAAUGCCAGGGAUCCACGUUACAUUCUCCGGCCAGAGGCUAUCGAAAGCGUCUUCCUCCUGUACAGGAUGACGGGUAAGGAAGACCUCAGGGAUCUGGCAUGGCGCAUGUUUGAGGCUGUCAUGGGCGCAACGAAGACGGCCCUUGCCAAUUCGGCAAUUGCCGAUGUGACGGUCGAGGGUGAGACUACCAAGACCGACUCAAUGGAGAGCUUCUUUUUAGCGGAAACACUCAAGUACUUCUACUUGAUUUUCUCGCCGCCCGACCUCAUCAACCUUGAUGAGUUCGUCCUCAACACCGAAGCGCAUCCGCUCAGGCGAGCCAAAUAGAUGGCGUAAAUACGACGGGCUAGAAAGUAUGCUGGAACGUGGCGGUAGCCACAGCCAAUGGUAACUAGACACGAGCUCGCGGAAGGGGAACUUGCAAUUCUUGGAGCAGUGGGAAAACCGGCCACUUGAAGGACACGGAAGCCGCUCCGCUCACCCAGCGAGUACGGACGAGAGGUUGAUCCUGAGCGUCAGCCGAGCGCCAUCGGUUAGAGC